AUGCUGCCUUCAUUUUCUUCUGAUAAUUUUUCUGUUAGUAGCCUAUGCAAAGCCCUAAUGAUUUUAGCUUUGCUUCUUUAUUUGAUCUUCAAUUCCAUUUCCAAUCAAUAUCCCAACUGUCCAUCUACUGAUUUCUUUCCUCUCCCCAAGAAAAGGGCAUUUCCCACGAAAGAAUCUUCAAAAGCAAAUUCUAUUGACUCUCCAACUAAUAUUAGCCACCUUGUUUUUGUACUUCAUGGUUCAGAACGAGCAUGGCAUCACAGAAAGGCAUAUAUCGAAUCAUGGUGGCGACCAAACGUGACGCGGGGCUAUGUAUAUUUAGAUAAAGCUCCAACGGGAGACCUCGUCCCUUGGUCGAAAAAUUCUCCACCUUAUAAGGUCUCUGAGGACCUUACGAAGCUCCUUCGAGAAACUCGGCCUCGUACUCCAGUCAUCAUUCGAAUGGUGCAUGGAAUAAUGGAGGUGUUUAGACAGGAAAAUGGAAACCUCAGAUGGCUAGUAAUGGGAGACGAUGAUUCCAUAUUUUUUCUUGAUAAUAUUGUUGAUGUUCUUGCAAAGUUAGAUCAUACAAAAUAUUACUACUUAGGUGGGCAGUCUGAGUUUAUUUUGUCGAAUUAUUGGUACUCAUUUAGCCAAGGUUUUGGUGGAGGUGGAUUCAUGUUGAGUGCCCCUUUGGCAAAGGCACUGGCUAAAGACACUGAAAAUUGUCUCAAGAGACAUUCCCAUUUGAAAUCUGCUGAUCAAAUCACAAUGGCCUGCAUUGCUGAUAUUGGGGUCAACUUGUCACCCCACAAAGGACUACACCAGAUUGAUUUGCGGGGUGAUAUAUCUGGUUUCUUGUCGUCUCACCCAAAAUCCCCUAUACUGUCAGUUCACCAUUUUGACAUGGUGGAACCAAUAUUUCCCUCCAAGGACCGCUUUGAAUCCACGCGCCACCUUUUGAGGGCGGCGAACGUCGACCAAUCUCGAAUGAUGCAGCAAACUAUAUGCUAUCACAGGCAAAUAAACUGGACUUUUUCGAUUUCUUGGGGCUAUUCUGUACAUAUAUACGAGAGAAUUAUGCCUCGGAGUUAUAUACAGAAUCCUAUAGAAACAUUUAAAAAAUGGAUAGAGAAACAACGCCCUCCAUAUUAUAUGUUCAAUACAAGGCUGCCCUCCAAUGAUCCAUGUGAAGCUCCUCAUGUUUUCUUCUUCGAAUCGAUAGAAAAAACACCGCGGAAUGAGAUAUUUACGAGUUAUUCGCGUGCAUCACGACGAGGUUUUCCUGCUUGUUCAUCGAAUGGCAACCAUACUGCAGAGUUUAUCUCGAAAAUCGGAGUCAUCUCUCCGGCAACAAAGCGCAAAGAGAUGGAUAGAUGUGAAUGUUGUGACAUUGUUCACUUGGAUGGCACAAAGAAAAAACACCGCGGAAUGAGAUAUUUACGAGUUAUUCUCGUGCAUCACAACGAGGUUUUCCUGCUUGUUCACCGAAUGGCAACCAUACUGCAGAGUUUAUCUCGAAAAUCGGAGUCAUCUCUCCAGCAACAAAGCGCAAAGAGAUGGAUAGAUGUGAAUGUUGUGACGUUGUUCACUUGGAUGGCACAAAGGUGUAUUGCAGAGCUGUGUACUGGUUCUUCUGAGAAACCAAGUAUAUCCAUUUAG